AACAGGCUGCCCAGCCAUGUUGUUGAAGCGGAUGCAGCUGGACCUCUCUCUGUUCUGGAUCAGGUCGGGUCGGACCGGGUCUCUCUCGGGCCUCAGGGAGAACCGAGCAGACAGUGUGUUCGUGAGCCAGGAGAGACACGGCUCAGCGAUACUGUGUCACAGACACCUCGUUCUCCUUCACCUGCAGAGGCUCCUUACAGCCUGUGACACUUGUACAGACGUUCAGUAACGUGCAGAAUAAUGCGUCCUGUUGUAAGAGCAGCCCGUCAGCCUGCUGAACCAGAAGAUCUGUACUUUCUGUCAGUCGGUGAGACACUCACUGUCUUUAGUAAACAGGUAUUCAGCUCCACACACAGCUGUGGGUUUACUUGCAGGGGUUCAGCUUGUGUGUUUCUCUGUGUUUCAGUGUUCGCUGCAGUGAUCAGCCCUGCCAGCUGUCAAGGGAGGCCGGGAGCUGUGCUGACCCAGGAGCCAGACUGGACACCCCUGUUCACUGGAGAGCAGGUCACUCUCAGGUGUGAGGUUCAGGGUCGAGGAGACUCUGUCUGGAGCUACAGGUGGUACAGAGGACGGGAGCAGGUGUUUCCCUCGGUGUCCACAGCCCACGAUCAGAACACUUUCUCACUCGGCCCUGUGGCUCAGUCCCACAGUGGCCAGUACAGCUGUCAGGGUGUGAGGAGAAGUGACUCUGCUCUGUCCAGCACCAGCAGCUCCAUCACUCUGACAGUGACAGCUCUGCCCAGGGCUGCGCUGAGAGUAGAUCCUCACUGGAGUCGCUUCUACACUGGAGAGAAAGUCUCUCUGAGCUGUGAGAUUGACGGGGAGGCUACAGGCUGGAAAUAUCUCUGGUACAAAGACACCACUGACACUGCAGCGUCCCAGACUGCUGGACACACGCUGACCAUCACUACAGCUGCUGAGUCUGACCGGGGACAGUACUGGUGUCGGGGACAGAGAGAAGAGAGAGGACUUCAGUCACAGCUCAGUGACUCUGUCUCUCUGACUGUGUCAGAGCUGCCCAGAGCUGAGAUCACUCUGCAGUCUCCACAGAGCCCCCUGUAUGCUGGAGAGACAGUCACUCUGAAGUGUGAGAUAAAAGGCUCUUUCAGAGGCUGGAUGUAUCACUGGUUCAGACGCAGCAAGAACAAUCCUCUGGACCAGAGUCCUCCUAGAACCAACACCAUCACCUUCACUGCAGCGGCCUCUGAUCAGUACUGGUGUCAAGGACAGAGUGAAUAUCGACCACAGACCUCACAGCUGAGUGCUGCUCUCUCUCUGACUGUGUCUGGUGAGUCCAGUGUCUCUCAGCUCAGUGUGAGUCCUUCAGUCUGGCUCAGUGUGUCAGUGUGCAGC